AUGACAUCAACAUUUGCAUGUCUUCCUGGUCUUGGUGGCUUAGGUGGCCUAGGAGGCCUUGGUGGCCUUGGUGGUCUUGGUGGCGGCACUGGUGGUGCUUGUUGCCCACCGCCUUGCAUACCAGCACCUGGAUGCAAAAGUGGCCUAGGUUUCCCACCGAAAGGUGGCUAUGCAGCUCCGCCUAGUGGUGGUUAUGCUGUUGCUCCAUCGUACCAAGCUCCUCCACCAUCUUAUCAAGCUCCUCCGUCCUAUAAAGCUCCUCCACCAUCUUAUCAAGUUUCUCCACCUCUACCACCACUGCCACCACCGCUACCCUAUCAAGCUCCUCCACCAUACCAACCACCUCCAGCAGCUCCACCGCCACCAGCUCCUCCAGUUCAGCCUUACCAAGCACCACUGUAUCGAGCUUCAACUACAUAUGGACUUACUUACGUUCCGGCGGCUGCCAUACCGAAAGUACAGAAAGCUGUACAAAUCGUAGUUGAACGUGACCCUCUUCAAGGAGGCUCAACAGAAGACAUUCUCUCCUCUUUUUCACUCCCCUACCUGAAUAUGUUUCAUCCGAAAAGACUAUUGCAUGCGUCGUUGGCACAAAGCAAUUUUAUGUUGGAUGAUGAAAAAAUGUCUGCUGAGACUGGUCUGGGCUGCUCUGAAGAUUAG